AUGCUUCAACCACCCCCCAGCUGGAGGACGGCGGGUGCCCUCCACGCCGCCAAAGAAACGCGCAACAUCGCGCAGAAACUCACUGAAUCCGACAAACAGGUCGUCGUCUGGGGCUCGCAGUCCGGCACGGCGGAAGGCUUCGCAAAAAGCCUCGCCCGCGACAUCGCCUGGCGCGACGACCUCUUCGCGGCCUUCCGGCGGAACCUGGGCAUCACCGAAACCGACCUGCAGUACAUUCCCACGCUGACGGAAGACGAAUCGCUGGGGCCGAUCGACCUGCACUACGGCGAGCCUGACCCGCACCUCCUCCCGCGCGCGCAAUGCUCCGCCGUGCGACCGCUGCGCGUCAUCAGCACCCGCGAGCUCUUCAGCCCCUCCGCCGGCCUCCACCUCGACCUCGACCUCGCCGCGUAG